UCUCCUACUCCAACUUAUAAAGAAAUAAGUAGUAAUAACGUUGCUACUAUAACUAUAAUUACGAAUGAUCAUAAUUUUAUAGAUGAUGAUGAUUCAAAUUAUAUUAGAAAAAAUAUUUCUCAUUCACCUAUGAAAAUUGUUAAUAGUUCUAUACCUCCAUGUGCUCGAUGUCCUCCUGAAAUAAUAUAUCAUAUUUUUGAAAUAUUACGUACUUUAUAUCAACCAUCACUUUUCUCUUGCAUUCUGGUUAAUCAUCAAUGGAAUGCCAUAGGAACAAAUGUUCUUUGGAAUUCCCCAAAAUUUACUCAUAUGCGUUCACUGGAUAAAUUCAUUAAAAUCAUAGAAAAUUCUCCUUCAUCAUCAAAUUUUCAACAACAAUCAACCGUAUAUCAUCCUUAUGCAACUUAUAUUCGUACAUUGGAUUUAACAUAUUUAACAGAACAUGAUCGUAAUAAUUCAUCUCUUUCAUCUCAUCUCCUUCGCUUAUUACCAUUAAUUCAUAUAGAAAAUCUUCAUACACUUAAUUUAAGUUUUGUUAAAGGCAUCACUAAUAAUUAUUUAACUAAAUUAUUAUCACCAUUUUUUAAUAAUGUACGUACAUUGAAUCUUGCAGGUGGAAGUAGGUCUGACACAUGUUUAUCAUCUAUUAUACCAAAUUGUAGUAGAAUACAAAAUCUUUCACUUGCAUGGAAUACUUCAUUAUCUGAUGCAUCAAUUAACAAAAUUGCGACAAUAUGUGGUGAUAGAUUACGUACACUUGAUUUAACAAAUUGUGAAAAAGUAAGUGAUAGAUCAAUGUACUCAAUUUCACAAUAUUGUUUAAAAUUAAGAGAAUUAAGAGUAAGUUAUUGUCGUGGUGUAAGCGAAGAGGGUGUGAAAGCCGUUAUUGAAGCUUGUGAAGGUCUUAAAUUAUUGGAUUUAGUCGGUUGUUUAGGUGUUGAUAAAUGUUUUUUACUAAAGUGUAACGAAGAAUUUGGUUUAACGAGAAGAGAAUUAAAAGUUAUUUGGAGGAGGGUUACUGAUGGUAAUACUUCUUGGGCUGAUGAGAAUUAAGAACAAGAAAAAAAAAUUAUUUCUUUGAUUGAACCAAGGGUUAUACCCGUGAGGAUAUAAAUGGGAGAGUGAAAUGAAAGAACGUUAAUUAGAUAGUUAGGUUUUUAUUUUCAUAACAACCAUAAACCAUAUUAAAUGUACAUUUUCUAGUUCUCGUUAUUUGUUUUUUUUUUUUUUUUUACUGUCUUGGGAUAAAUCAUUCAUCAUUAUUUGUGAUUCCAUUAGGGUUCGGAGUCUCUAAAGAUUUAUAGUUAAAAGAGAUUUUAAUUAGUUGUAAGAUAAAAAAUCACUUAACAAAUAUUCAUCAAACAAAUUUCCAAAUUCAAAUUCAAAUCAACUACAAAAAUGAAACUUUCGACAUCAAAAACAAUAAAUUUAAUCAUUGUAAUCAUUGU